CAGGUCAUCAUCAUCAUCAUCAUCAUCAUCAUGGUGGAUCAAUUCGUGGGCACCUGGAAGCUGUGUGACAGCCAGGGCUUUGAUGAGUACAUGCAGAGCUUAGGCGUUGGUUUUGCCACAAGAAAAGCAGGUGCUAUGGCAAAGCCUAACGUGAUCAUUUCUAAGAAUGGUGAUGAGAUCUGCCUGAAGACAGAGAGCACUUUAAAAACCACAGAAAUGAAAUUCAGACUGGGGGAAGAAUUCGAUGAGACCACAGCAGACAACAGGAAAACAAAGACUGUUAUAACUUGUGACGAUGGAGUACUGACGCAAGUCCAGAAAUGGGACGGCAAAGAGACUACAAUCAAAAGGGAACUGAAAAACGGACAGCUGGUGGUGACCUGUACCAUGGGAGACGUGAAAUGUGUCAGACUGUACGACAAGGUGAAAGCCUAAGACAUCAUUCUUAAAACUAGAUGGAAGCUACAUAAGGGCAGCUCAGUUCAAUGAGCCAUGUGCAACUGUUCAACACUAUACCUGCUUCAAACCUAUUUUUAUUAAUCAGAUUAACUAUUAUGUAAAGUUGUACAUCAAAUUGGUGGUGUGUAAAUGAUCUGAAAUACUGUGAAUCUGGAAUAAAAUUUUGUCACACCCCUGA